AUGGCUAUCCUGAAGAGACUUUUCCAGGCCGAAAAAAGUUCAUUAGCAAAUACUGCUGAUUCAGAUGAAACCCGGGGCCCACCAACUCAAGCUGUCAAUCCACUGCAGAGGUCCCUGAGCUUAAAUAGUUCACGGCAGCUGGACGCUGACGAGCAUUUUCAAAGUAUUGAGAAACAGUUCGAAGAAUUGCACGCUCAAAUGCAGACACGACCUUUAUCUUCUCGCUCCCAUGCUCCCACGUCUCGUGCCUCAAGUCGUUUCACGCAGCGAAAUCCGCGACAUGUCGAUCUGCUGGAGGCCUUGUUCUCGUCGCAUAGAUAUCAGGUGCAGAUAGCCAAUGCACUGUCGCCGACUACUCCUUUCAAUGAAGAUAUAGCUGAGCGCAAUAUGGUUCGAUUCCUUCAGGGACAGCCGAGGACGACGAAGGUUUAUUCCCGUAUCAUCUCGACUCUUUAUCAAGAAGAUGUGGCGGACAGGAACAUUGCGAAGAAUCGAAUGAACAAACGCACAAUACCCCGAAGCGCUAGCUCUCGAUCGCAGCCUGCAUCAGCAUCAACUGGUGAGGUAACCCAACGUGAAAUCGGCACCCAAUCCUUUACACGGGCUAAUGGGGGCAAAAUCACACCGGCAAGCUCACGGCCAGGUUCGAGCUCCUCGUCUCAACCUCGUUCUUUACGGGCUCCCAAGUUAACGCCGAACAUAAUGGCUGAAUGUACAAAUGCGUCAGGAGAACAAUCUGCACCUAAUGCUGGAGGCUACUUGAAAGUCCCUCCAGCUCACAAGCAAGGCGACCAAUGGAGCAACACACCGUUACCGGACAGUCCAACCUUACCUGUGCCAAUGACCCAAGGCCGAAUGAUGGGUCUAUCGGGAGGGAGGGGCACUCCUGGACUGACGAGAAGCUCGCCGUCAGUCCGCAGUAAUGGCUCGUCUACAUCACCCAGACUCAACUCCAAGAAAAACGUCCGGGACCUCUCUAUCAACACGGAGUUAGCUGCUCGAGGAAAACCUAAGUCAAGGAUCUCGCACUGUGCGAUCCAGCCACCAACUCCUAGCAAUCAUGAUAUCAAACAGAAUCCUAGCAUUGCCGAAGUCAUGAACAGUCCCUUACCACUCCGAACCCCAACGUUGAUGUUUCCUCUGCCCCCCUCAAACCAGAAGGCGGAGGUAGUGGGCAUGUUCAAGCAGGCUUUUAGUUCCUCCGCAGUAACUAUCUCGCCCCAUCCCACCUUCGAGACUCUACAGGACGCAAUAGUUCGAGAGAUUAACUCUCAUGAAGCGUUUCGACGUGUCCCUGUCCCUGUCCCUGUCCUUGAGGCAGGUCCUCUCUUUACACCGUCCCCAUCUCAGGAUUCAUUUGAUCGAGACGAAAUCUCGGCAACUCGAGGGCCGGCCAGGAGUUUCUCAACAAAAGAAAUACAGUUUUCCAAACUAAUCAGGCGCAGCUCUUUCAAAAAGCAUAAAAGAGGCUCCGAACGCAAGAGUAUAUCGACUACCACACCUGCGAUGGUCUUCCGUCGAGCCUCCGCUUCAACCAGGAGACGAAGGCACACAGAUGCUCCGCCUCCAUCUCCAGGGUUCCUCAACGUGCCGCAAGACAGAACACUUGCGGAUAACGAGAAACCUGAAGAACAAGAGCAAGUGACGUACAUGGAUAUCCUCCUCCGAUCACAAAAGUCUCCUCCUAAUCCCAAGUGGAGAAAGUCUCCAGAAACAAUUCGUGGUUUCGGACGGACCCAAUCGACCGGCACCCUCGGUUCAUACAGCUUGUCGGACGGAUCCAACCCCACCCCUUCAGUCUAUUACAUGCGUGCACAGACGUCUUCGCCGUCGAGUGACGGCCGGAACAGCCUCUCCGCAGACGACAGUGACGAGGAAAUCAUCCAGCUCCCCAGCAUUGCAACUUCCGCCAGGCUGUCGACGAAAACAACGUCACCUACAUGA